AUGCCAUACCGAUCUCACCCAUACCCCGAAGGGACUGUGGUGGGAAACCCUACGUACAAGACGAUAUACCAAUACCAGCAACGUUUCGCUGACAAGUACACCGAUUACAUCCGUUUGAAUCGAGUGGUCACUCGUGUAAGACAUGUACCAGACGGGCAUCCUGCGGUCAAGCGUUGGGUGGUAGAGUGGACACCAUCAUAUACCAGCAAUUCCCCGGACAUAGGCAAGGCAUUCGAGGAGCAAUUUGACCAUGUCGUGGUGGCUAACGGUACAGACUCGAGACCAUUCAUGCCUUACAUCGAUGGUCUGUGGAACUGGAAGGGAGAGAUACUCCAUUCAAGGUGGUAUAGGACACCAGAGGCCUUCGCGGGGAAGACCGUCAUGAUUGUGGGAGGUGGUCCAUCUAGUGCCGACUUGGUGCGAGAGAUAGGUAUGCUCAAAGUCAACAAGUCACCCUCUCAGCCUAAAAAGAUUUACCGAUCGUUCCGGAGCAAACUAAGAUACGAUACAGAGCUUGAGGCUGGCUGGCCAGAGCAUAUCAAUAACGUGUCACCGAUGAAAAUCCUCGAGGGGCCAUCAGAGCAUUCAAAGACUGGCAGAAUAACUACUGUGCUAGAACAAGUGAUCGAUGAUGUCGAUUUGUUCUACCUCCCCGAUCCCACCCUACCUUUCCUGCUACUUCAUGCUGAAGCCAUCCCUUGGCCUUUCUCGGAAAUGCAGGCGAGGGUAGUCGCGUCGUACUGGACUGGAACACCUUUGGAACUGAUUCCUCAUUCUAACGAAGACAACGAUUCCCAUUCGGUGCUGGUGUUGGGACACCCGGGAGAAUUCGAAUACGCUGAAGGCCUGCUCAAGCUAAUUGGCGAAGGUGGACCUGAGGAGGUGGACUCUCAAGGCAGAUGGGGCGCUUGGCCAGAGUGGAAGAGGCAUAUCCGAGCUUUGAUAGACUAG